AUGGGUAAAUCAAAUUCAAAAUCUAUUCAUUCCUCUCCUUCCCUAACUUCCAUAUCAUCGGGAACAUCAAUUCCAAGACUUCUUAGAACGCAUCGGCAAAAAAAUUCUUCUAGUUCCGCUCUAACUUAUUUUUCUUCAAGUUCUUCAACCCAUUUAUCUAUAAAUUCCCCAAAUUCUUUAAAUUCUCAUCUUGAAAGCAUGUCUAAAUAUCCUUCUUCAUUACAUGAGAAUAUUGCCAAUUCUGAAGAUUUUGAUACUUUUCAAUAUAUUGGAAAUCGAAAGUAUUGUAGGAGUGGAAUUGAGGAUGUGAACUAUGUGUAUCCAGUCGAUGAUGAUGAAGUUGAUCGUUGUGGUUCCGGUGCUUGGGUUUUGGAAAUGGCCACAGAACAUCAACGUCCACAAUUCGUAGGUGUAGAUAUUGCACCACUUUACCCUUCCGAAAUUCAUCCAACCAAUGUAAAAUUCCGUCAAGCAAAUGUUCUUAGUGGUUUACCAUUUGAAGAUGAAACUUUUGAUUUUGUUUAUAUGAGAUUCAUGACUUUUGCUUUCACAAUUAAUGAUUGGGAACGUGCUUUAAAAGAAAUUUUAAGAGUUACAAAAAAAGCAAUUGGCGAAUGGGGUGGCAAACUUGGAAAAUUAUAUCAAGAAUUAUAUGGUUGGGGUUCUAGAAAUCUUAGAAGAGUUAUAUCCGAUAUUGGUUUCAACGAAAAAGAAUGGGAUGAUACUGUUGACAUUUCUGAUUUAGUUCAAGAAAGUUGA